CCACAUCGUCCCCAUAUCUCAUCUGCAAUCUAGAUUAGAUCUAGACUAGACUAAAGUCUAGAUUUUCUAUUUAAUUUUCAGUAGAAUAGUUGUCUAGAUAUUAAGUUAACUUGUCUAAUAGAUCUACACCCAGAGCUCUAGAUCUUGGUACAUUCUUGUAUAAGUUAUAGAUCUAGCUCUAGUAUUAGCAUCAUUCUGUGAACUGUCAUUCAGACCAAUUCAGUGAUCAGGAUCAGUGAUUCACUCGACUCUCACUCUGAGAUUUCAUUUGAUCAUCUGUCAUCACUUUCAACAUUCACAUUGCCAUUGGACAUUCAAAUUGAUGUCACGUUGGCAUAGGACAUGAUUGGUCAUCACAUCAUCAUGAUAAUGAUCAUAUCACUAAUUACUCAGCCUGAUCAGGAUCACAACUAGUGUAAGACCUGUAAUUUUUGUAACUUGUGUAAAAACAAGUAAGUAUAGAACACUGAACAGUAUAGUCAGUAUAGAACUAGAUUUAACUAGAUUCAUCAUUCUAUGAAUAGAGAUCUAGAAAUUGAAAAGAUCAAGUUCAAGUGAUCAAGCUAAGAGUAAGACUCUUACAAGUUAAAGUGAAAGACUAGUAAUAAUAAAAUAAUAGUUCAGACAGGAUGUUCAGAAGUGAAUUUUAUGGGGGUUCACUUAUGUUGGCCCCUUUAGCAGAAACCAUUGGAUUGCCAAUAGAUCAGAUUAAUUUCUUAUUUUGUCAACUGAUUGCACUAUCCUUGGCUUUUCCAUUCAGAAGUCAAUUGUGUGUUGAUAAAGUGGGUGUGAGGACUCGUCACAUUAUUGAGACAACAAUUGGCUUGUUGCUGACUAUAUUCUGUUUUGGAAGUCAACUUUGGCAUCUUUUGGCCCAGUCUAUUGUGAGUUAUUUGUGCAUGGUGUUUGGUGGGAAAUCUUUCAGUCAUGCACUGGUCUUUGUCUUCUCUAUGGGCUAUCUGUCUGUCUGUCAUAUCUAUAGGCAAAUCUAUGACUAUGGAGGAUAUACAUUGGAUAUCACUGGUCCUCUGAUGAUACAAACUCAGAAACUCACAAGUCUGGCAUUCGCUCUCCAUGAUGGAAGAUACAAAGAUGAGAAAGAGCUGUCACAUGACCAAAAGUCACAAGCUGUCAAGAAGCUGCCAGACUUACUUGAGUAUUUGAGCUACAUGUUUUAUUUCCAUGGGAUCAUGGUGGGACCUUUAACAUUCUUCAAUGACUAUAUAGCCUUUAUUGAGGAGAAAGAUGUCACCAAUAAGUCAGAACAAAGCUCUAUGAAACAUCCCACUGCUGAUUUAAAUAAAUUAGUGGUGAAGAAGUUGCUUGUGGCCACUGCUUGCUGUCUUGGCAUGAUGCUACUGCCUGGGCUUUUUUUCAACCCAGAAAAACUUAACUCUCCAGACUUUUACUCUUGGAGUUUUGCCUAUAAAGUUCUCUUCAUCUUAGGAGCAAUGACUAUAGCUAAACAGAAGUAUUACUUUGCUUGGAAACUAGCUGAUGCUGUGAACAAUGCUGCAGGGUUUGGGUUCAGUGGCUAUGACCAGCAUGGUUCACCCCAGUGGGACCUGACAGAUAAUGUGGAUAUCUGGGGAGUAGAGAUGUCCACAAGUCUGAAGGUGAAUAUUGACAGUUGGAAUAAAAAAACUUUGCUUUGGCUUCGCCGCCUGGUUUAUGACAGGGCACCAAUGCAAAAGACUUUGUCUGUGUUCACUUGCAGUGCUUUCUGGCAUGGCUUUUACCCUGGCUAUUAUGUGACUUUUGGUACUGGAGCUCUUAUGACAGUGGUGGCUAGACAAGUCCGACGAAACAUUCGACCUUGGUUCCAACGUUCAGUCUACUCCCGUUUGAUUUAUGACUGCAUCACUUUCAUUGCUACACGUUUGGCCAACAGUUAUAUCUGUUUCCCAUUCUUAAUACUAGAGUUUUAUUCAUGUAUCAAUAUGUACAAGUCCAUCUAUUUUUUCUACCAUGUUCUAACCCUUGCUAGCUACUUGUGCUUUUACGUCAUGACUAGUUCAAGGUCAAGACCCAAUCCAACUGUCUUCAACAGAGGUCAGCUCCAGACUGCUGACCAAAGUCAGCUCCAGACUGGUACUGCUAAAGAAAACAGUGACUCCAAUUUGCCUCAGGAUCCAAUUAAACAAGAUUGAUACUUUAAAUGUGUUUGAAUAUGUGUGUAGGGUAUUUGGUUCAUAUUAAUUUACCUGUGAUUGACCAAUACUAUGUAUAUGUCUGUGUGUUAGAUUAUUUUAAACCACAUUUUGUUAACACAUUUGUCUGUUGUCAAGAACUAUAGGAACUAUCAACCUUUCCUUCAUCUUCACCACUUCAAACCAUUCCUUCAAACUGGUCAUUUCUGAUUGUGUUAGUAUUACAUAGACAUACCAACUCUGAACCCUUUCUAACUACUUAACCCAUUAGCCUACCGCAGAAGUGUGCGUCUUUUUUUACUGAGUCCUAAAAGUGGUAGAAUGUGUUGGGAUGCUAGCAACAGUUUUUUUUUAAACUUUCCUAUAAGAAGAACUCAUCAUGUCUUAUUGUAAACGAGAGCGUGGUGACUUUUUUUUUUGUAUGUGUUUUGCUUUUUAAUUAUUUUUUAUAGAAUGUUUUUACAAUGAGUAUUUUUAAAGCUUUUUUUUUAAAUUCAAAAGCAGUGGUUCUCAAUCUUUUUGGCUCGGCAACCUCUUUUUACAAUUCUUCACUAUGCAGCGACCCCAACCUUAGAAUUAAUUUUCAGUCAUAAGCAUAAGAAAUCAUAAUCCUAAUGUAAAUAUCUGAGAUGUAUUGCAAACGUUUGAUGUAUCUUUGAAUUGCAUUUUCUUAUCUAUUUCUCAUUCGCCAUAUUCAUGUUGCUAACUUAAGUGACAAUUUAAAAAUCAUGGCGGAACAUUACCACAGUAUAAUUUCGACAGUCUGAUCUUGUUUCUGAUUCACUAGGUCAGGAAAACUCAUUUCACAAAAAUAUUUUAUUGGACAUGGAUUUUGAAAAGGCACAAUUCAGACAAUUGGGAUAUGACUGCAAAUACUUAACUCAAGUUUGUGUGACUGACAUUGAAAUCUUUUCUCGCUGCAUCGCAAUUGAGAAUAAAAUGCUGAGGUUUUUUUUAAGUCUCUGUAACAUCAACUUUGACUUUAAAUAAACUUCAGGCAAAUGUGAAGUCAAGUAGAUUUGGAAUGUAUGGUGAUAUUUGUCCACAAGUAUUUCUUUAACAGAAAUUAUAAUUUUAUCUGUCUGUCAGGCUGAAUGUCAUUUUCCUCAUAGAGAGCAGGUGUUUCGUCCAAUUUUAUUUGCCAAUCUAAAGUUUUAUUUGGAAGGAUUGGAUUUUUUCAAACAAAUCGAGGCAUGUUGCAUUUGAUCCUUGCGGUGACACUUUUUAUUGCCUCUUGUAAUCGUGGCAGUGCCUUCAUCACUAAUAUUUGUCGGUGAGUUCCCAUGACUUUUGGUGACUCAUUCUUGACCAAAGGUUGAAAUCCAGACCAACAGACUAGCAAACUUGGAGCAAUAGCUGAGCAGACACCACUAAUAUUUCUAAGAAAUUUUAAACUUUCUCUGAUACAUUUUACCUGCUGAUCAUUUCAAGAGAAAGAGAAACUGUUUUUUUUUUUCAAAUAGCCAUCUUUGAUAUAACUAAACUUUACUUCUAAAACUCAAGGUAUAUUUGUCAGCUUUAAAGUUUUUUUGGUUUCAUAGAUUCUGCUUAGAACUAUUUUACAAAUGACACAUUGGGGUUUUGAAUUCCUGCGUAAACUAUUGAAGUAAAAUAAUACAGUAAAAUAUUGUCUUUAUAUUUUAUUUUCUCAAUGUUAUUUUGAUCAAGAUCCAAUAAUAUGGACUAUUAAAUGAUAACGUAUUAUUAAUUAUAAAUGAAAUUGCUUUUCAAUUAUAUCUGGAUGUUAUAUGAUUCCAAAAUUGUGUCACGUUAUGCAUUAAUUUACAUUAAUUUAAAUUGUUCAAAUAGUUAUGCUGCAACAAUAGAAAUGUUUGAAAUCAUUCUAAUCCAUUCGUCUGCAUUAUCUAUCUUCAAAUGAUCAAAAUAAAAUUGAAACUUUCAAUGGAAAAACUUUGUACAAUGUCAAGUUUUACAUGUUAGAAUAGACAAAAAAAUCAUAUUUUCGAUGGCCUUAGGAGACCCCUUGCAAAUGACCAUCAGGUUAAGAACCCCUGUUCUAAAGGUAUUAAAAGUAUAUAUUGUUUUUUACUAGACAUAUUGUUUUAUCCUGACUACAUUUACUAGUAUUAGACCUUAAAUUUUUAGUAUUUUUUCAAAAUAUUAUUUUUCAAGAUUAUUUUUUAAUAACUGUCACCCCUCUUUAUGUUACUGACUUUUCUAACCAGAAAUCAGAGUCAAUCCUUGCUUUUAGUUAGUCAGAUAAACCACUAACUAUGGAAAUAUUCUUGAGACUGUAAAUGUCAAGUGUCAUGAUGUCAUACAACAUCUACCAACUUUGAGCCUUUCUUUCUUGCUAGUUGGAUAAAGUUAACAACUUUGAGCCUUUCUUUCUUGCUAGUUGGAUAAAGUUAACAACUUUGAGCCUUUCUUUCUUGCUAGUUGGAUAAAGUUAACAACUUUGAGCCUUUCUUUCUUGCUAGUUGGAUAAAGUUAACAACUUUGAGCCUUUCUUUCUUGCUAGUUGGAUAAAGUUAACAACUUUGAGCCUUUCUUUCUUGCUAGUUGGAUAAAGUUAACAACUUUGAGCCUUUCUUUCUUGCUAGUUGGAUAAAGUUAACAACUUUGAGCCUUUCUUUCUUGCUAGUUGGAUAAAGUUAACAACUUUGAGCCUUUCUUUCUUGCUAGUUGGAUAAAGUUAACAACUUUGAGCCUUUCUUUCUUGCUAGUUGGAUAAAGUUAACAACUUUGAGCCUUUCUUUCUUGCUAGUUGGAUAAAGUUAACAACUUUGAGCCUUUCUUUCUUGCUUUUCUUGCUAGUUGGAUAAAGUUAACAACUUAGAGCCUUUCUUUCUUGCUAGUUGGAUAAAGUUAACAACUUUGAGCCUUUCCUUCCUGCUGAAAGUCCAUAAAAGCUACCAACUUUGAGCCUCUCCUACUUACUGUAAAUGUACUGUGAAGUAGGUGUCUGUUGAAUGAAAUACACUUCCAAUGAACAUGGUAUGUGUAGCUAGAGAGAAUGUAUUUACAGAUAUCAGAGAGUACAUUUUGACUAGAUGAUAUGUAUUCUCAUUGACUACAAUGAUUUUGUGGUUUAGAAUAUUUGUGACUACAUUUCUGUCUGUUCUUGUCUACCUCAGGACAAUCUCUCUAGCCCCACACUUUUGUUUGUUGACUAGUUGUAUUUAGUUAACAUCCUAACUUCACUUAGAGUAGGCCAUUAGAAUUGAGAGCUAGUUCAAACCUAACCUUCUUGGGAUUAGAUUAGAGUAGGGGCCUAUUUCAGAAGUCAUAAUCAUAUAUGACUUAAUAUUUCUUGUAAUAUUUACAAUUCUGAUCUAGAUAUCUUUACACUAAAUCCUGGGAUAGUUUUAUUCUGAAUAGUGCAGGGAUAGAUUUUCACACCAAACAAUUUUGUGAUAGUCUUUUAAGAUUUUAACAAUUGUGAUAGAGAUUUCUGUUAAAGUAAUACUUUUAGUAUAGAUGGAAGUCAUUCUCCAGAAAUUGUCAAGUGUACACUACAAUAUAGGAAUAGCCUUCGAUACACUACAGUAUACUAUAGGCCUAGGAAAAGAUCCUUUUAGAAAUUAAAAUUUGGAAUAGCCUCUUGUAAAUACAACAAUUCUGAGAUAUUUUUUUAGACUUCAUAAUCCUGGAAUAGAUUUUGUUUAUAGAAAUGAAAUCAAAUCAUCUGAUCCAUUUCUUUUCACUUUUUCAUCCUGGAAUAGAUUUGUUUAUAGAAAUCAAAUCAUCUGAUCCAUUUCUUUUCACUUUUUCAUCCGGAAUAUACUGAGAAGAAAUUCUUCUAAGUUCUGGAAUUCUGGGUAGAUUUUUUAGCAAUUAGAAUAAUUAGAUAUCAUAUUUAAGGCACUAAAAUUAUGGGAUAUAAUUUUAAACUACAUUUGUAAGAUACUUGUAACAUAAAUGUGUUUGAGAUAACAUACUCUUCAAAUUGAUGUAGCACAUUUGUAUGAGAUAACAUCUUCUAGCCAGGUGAACAAAUUAUCAUUGUAGCUCUAAAUUUAAGAAAAGGUUUUGAGUCAUAACUAUCACACUAAUGAAACAUCUUCAGAUGCAAAGUAUGUUUAGCGGCAUUAAGAUUGUAUCUCCCUAGGUACAUUGUCCCAUGGGUAAUCAUUUCACUCUUGAUGUUGGAAAGUAUUGGUAAGGCAGCCAUAUUAUAACGAGACCAUCUGAAUGUACUAUAGAAAUAAAAGGAAAACUUGUUGAAACAAA